UAUUAUGUUGCAAUCCUUAGACUGGAGUGACGGAUGAUGAAUACGAUGGAAGGUGUUCUCAAACUUCCUUAUUCUUUCCGAAUCAUUAAGCCAAACCCCAAACGCGCUAACCGUGCCUUCUGCACCGUACCUUCAGCUUCUGCUUCUGUUACGGUCGCCUCACCCAACCCGAUUCUCGGUCCUGGCUCUCUCGGUCACCUCACCCGACCCGAUUUUCCCAUUCUCCACCAGGAGGUGAAUGGAAAAAAGCUUGUGUAUUUGGAUAAUGCCGCAACCUCCCAGAAGCCCACUGCGGUUUUGUUGGCAUUACAGAAGUAUUACGAAGCUUGGAAUUCCAAUGUUCAUCGCGGAAUUCACUAUUUAAGUGCGAAGGCAACGGAUGAAUAUGAAUUAGCAAGACAUAAGGUGGCGAAUUUCAUCAAUGCGUCGUCUGGAGAGAUUGUGUUUACAAGAAAUGCCACUGAGGCGAUCAACUUAGUGGCUUACUCUUGGGGCCUCUCGAAUUUGAAGGCUGGAGAUGAGGUGCCCUCUUAGAACUCCUUUUUUUUUCCUGCUUAAUCAAUGUUUCAAGUUAGUUUUG